AUGUUGUACAGGGACUUCGACCGGUUCAAGCAGGCGUGCGAGGAGCUGUACGCUCGUAGCGGGCCAAGGACACGCACCUGCAUUCGAUGGCGUGCGGACGUGGGACUACUCGUCAUGCGUCUGACUGAUGAUGUCCAGACACUCACCUUCAAGACGCGAUCCAAGUCUUUCCUCAACCGUUUCGACUCUCUCAACGUCACUCUCUUGCGCAAGUACCACAACCGUGGCCGCCCCCUCGCGCACGCCCAACUCGACGCACCUGGACCAUCAGAGCGCACGCUUCUGGAUCCUUCCGCCUCCUCGUCGGCCGGUGAUGGACCGAAAGGCGAGGUUGAUGGGGCGAGCGCACGUACCAAGCGCAAGAAGGGCAAGAAGAAACAGGGAAAGUAG